UAUAGGCUUCAAUUCAUGUAUCCUUGCCAUACACUCUUACCAGCGAUUACCUAAAACAAAACAAUUUGCUUUAGUAAUCACAGCCUACUACACAAUUUUCCUAGAGAGAUAUAGAGAGAAACAGAGCUAGAUAGAUGGAGAGCAAGAUGGUGAUUGUUUUCUGUGUAGUUGUGGCUGUGUUCCUGCAAAAUGUUGCAGCACAGACGGGACAUGUGGUUGGAGGAAGCAUAGGUUGGACCAUCCCUCAAUCUGGUGCACAAGAGUAUGUCACUUGGGCUGCAAGUAACAAGUUUGUUGUUGGUGAUACUCUCACUUUCAACUUCGCCACCAACGCACACGAUGUACAAGAAGUACCCAAAGCAUCAUUCGACUCAUGCAGUUCGGAAAACCCAAUUGGCACGGCUAUCACAACUGGCCCAGCAAACAUCACUCUCACCUCUUCAGGCGACCACUACUACAUCUGCACUUAUGGCCGUCAUUGCCAGUCGGGCCAGAAACUAGCCAUCACCGUCUCAGCUGCCUCCCCAGGUGCAGCACCUUCUGUGCCACCAUCACCCUCUACCACUAAAACCCCUCCAACUACCCCUUCCCCUGCAUCAAAUGACCCUGCCGCUUGCGCACCAGUCCCAGCUUCAUCACCAUCCAUGAAUGGGGGAGUACCCACCGUGAACAACACCCCGGGGUCGCCGCCUCCGCUGGGCUCUUCUUCACCUGCUGUUUUGGCUAGUUUCUCUUUGUCGGCUGCGGCUCUUAUCGUGGGUUUGCUCUUUUAGUUAUCAUGAAGACAUCCACAGUCCUAAUUAAUUACUAUAUCGGUGAUCCAACCUUUUUGAUAUUGUCUAUCUUGAUAGUACAAAAGUAAAUGGAAUUUGAUCUUAGUCUC